AUGUCGCAUAAUAAUAUCCAGGGAACAUUGUUACAUAUCCCUGCAACGGUCUACAUACUAGACCUAAAUUCUAACGGGUUUAAGGGGGAAUUGCCUAAAUUGUCAAAUGGAACAUCGCUAUUGAUGUUGGAUCUCUCGAGUAAUUUCUUUGUGGGAUCAGUACAUCAUUUUUUGUGUUCCUAUAGUCCAGAAGUUUUUCUCAGAAGUACUCUAAAUUUGGGAAACAAUCAUUUGUCGGGGGUCAUCCCAGAGUGCUGGGACAAAUGGCACGAGUUGAUUUAUUUAAACUUGGAGAAUAAUGGUUUGUCUGGUGAGAUUCCAGGAACAUUGGGCUCUUUACGUCAGUUAAUAUCACUGAACUUGCGUGGGAACAAGCUCUUGGGAAGAAUACCUGCUUCUCUAAUGAAUUUGAAAUAUUUGGAGAUCCUUCAAAUUGAUAGAAAUGAACUUGUUGGGAGCAUUCCAAAAUGGUUUGGUAACCUCUCUUCUUUGAGGCUUCUCAACCUUAGAUCCAACCAUUUUGUCGGAAAUAUUCCCUAUGAGCUGUGUCAUUCUACACGUAUCCAAAUAUUGGAUCUUGCUAAUAAUGAUCUAUCUGGAUCUAUUCCAAGAUGUUUCAACAACUUUAGUGUCUUUUUGGGCAAAACAGUUCUCAAUAAUAAUCAAAUGAUGUUCUUUGGUACUAGAUCUAAAUUUGUUAGCGGUAGUGAUUCAUUGGUGAUGAAAGGACGAGAAGACACAUAUGAAACUAUUCUUGGACUGGUGACGUUGUUGGACCUUUCAAGUAACAAUCUUGUUGGGCCCAUUCCAAGUGAACUAACGGCUCUCCGAGAGUUAAAGUCUUUGAACUUAUCAAGUAAUCAAUUGACUGGAAGGAUCCCAGAUAAGAUUGGAGACAUGAAAUCACUUGAAACUCUUGAUCUGUCACUGAACAAGCUUUCAGGGAAGCUUCCGUUGAGCCUGUCAAGCUUGACGUUUUUGAGUAGCUUCAAUGUGUCCUGGAACCAAUUGACAGGAAGAGUUCCUUCAAGCACCCAGCUUCAGAGCUUCCAUGAGUCCAGCUUCUUUGGCAACAAACUUUGCGGAGAUCCACUCAAACUUUGUUUACCAACUGAAGUACCCAAUGCAGAAGUUCAAAAAGAAGACAAUGUAUCACAUGGAGCUACAGAUUGGGGGUUGAUUGCCAGCGUUGUGGUUGGAUUAUUUAUUGGUUUCUGGCUCAUUGUGGCUCCUUUGAUGGUUAGCGGAGUAUGGAGGGUUGCGUACUUUGGUUUCCUGAGUGACCUGAGAUAUAAGACAUACGAUGUUAUGCGUAAGUACUUACGGAGGCAACAUGUUUUCUAA